AUGGACGGCUACAACUCCACGGCCUGUGGCGAUAGCCUCUUCGGGCCCAGCGUUUGGACCGAGGGUUGUCGCGGAGGAUUUGAUUUCACCUUAUCAUUCCAAGAGAGUAUCCUCAGCAUCCUCCCAUCUGCUAUUUUCCUUGCAAUUGCUGGCCCACGAGCCUUCUACCUCUUUAGAAGUCCAGACAAGACCCAACGUUACGCCACAUACACAUUAAAGCUGGUGGUUUUGUUGGCUUUGGUUCCAUCUGCCAAGAAGCUCAAUACACGCUUCUCACUAGCUGCGGCCAUCCUCAAUCUCCUAGCAGCUUUCGCCAUUCUUUUGUUGGCUCACGUCGAACAUGUCAAGUCUGUUCGACCAUCAUUCAUCCUUACUGCAUAUUUGUUUGUAUCAUUUCUAUUCGACGCCGCUCGGCUUCGCACAGAAUGGCUCAUGUCACUAAACGUCGCGUAUGCCGCAACUCUUUCGACCUCAACAAUCUUCAAAUUGGCCUUGCUUAUACUAGAAACGGUUGAGAAGCGCAAGAUAUUGAUAUCAGCUGGAAAGCCAAUUUCAAAAGAGAGCACAAGCGGCCCCUUUAGCCGUGGGUUCUUUGUUUGGUUGAACUCACUGCUUAUCUCAGGCUGGGCUACUGUUCUGACAAACAAUGACCUGCCUACCAUUUACGAGAAGUUAUCCUCAGAGAAGCUCGCAGUUCGUUUUGGCAAAUCGUGGAAGAAAGCCACUUCCAAGAGCAAGAAGCCUUCUCUAUUUCUGACAACUGUGACUGUUUUGAGAUGGGAACUGCUGGGUAUAAUACCACCUCGUAUUGGAAUGAUCGCCCUGAGCAUCUCUCAGCCCUUUCUUGUCAGCAACGCAUUGCGAUUUCUCACAAUGCCCGAGUCCGACUCGACACUGAACUUGGGUUAUGGUCUGAUAGGUGCAUUCGCCUUUGUUUUUAUCGGCUCUGCGCUACUCACAGCUUGGUACGAGCAUUUAACAUUUAGAGCUGGUGCUAUGGUUAGAGGGGGUCUCAUUACCAUGGUUUACAGCAAGAUGAUGAAACUUCCUACCGACGACCUCGGCGAGUCUUCAGCUGUCACACUCAUGGGAAAUGAUGUGGAAACCCUCAUUGAGAAACUUCACAUGCUCUUGGUUGAAUCCUGGGCCAACACUCUCACAGUUGGUAUUGCUAUGUACCUGCUGGCAGCACAGCUUGGCGCUGUUUGUGUUGCUCCUAUUGUCACAGCAAUCAUCUCCCUCCUUCUUACAGGUUCUAUUGGCAAGAUGAUGGUUGCUCGCCAGAUCAAAUAUCAGAAGGCCACUCAGGACCGCAUCAAUCUUACUUCUGAGGUUCUCGGCUCAAUGAAACCAGUCAAGAUGCUUGGACUGUCGGAAAGAUUCAGCAGCCUCAUUUCUCAGAAACGAGAUGAAGAGAUCAAAGCCAGUAAACACUACCGCGUGAUCAAUGUUUAUCUGAACUGUAUCACCAACUGCAAUGUAGGAAUGACUGAAGCGAUCACUUUCGGGGCGUAUGCCCUUGCGGCAAAGUUCGGAAACGGCGAGCCGUUCUCUGCAGCCCAAGCUAUCACGGCGUUGUCUAUCUUGGGUGUCAUGAUGGAUCCUCUAUCACAUCUUCUUGGAAGUAUCCCGGGAUCUUUCUCAGUCUUUGGAUGCUUCAGAAGGAUGGAGGACUUCCUCAACCUGGAAGAGAGAAUUGACCGCCGCCAAGUUAAUUGCCGCUCUAAAAAUACAUCUAGGUCAUCUACGGAGAGCUCGCAACCCUUCCAAGAAACCAUCCAGGCGACUCCGUUGAAAGCCAUCCCGGUCGGAGCCGAUGGAACUCAAAUUGUCAUAGAGGAUGGUAACUUCCACUGGGGCGAGAAGGCUGUGCUCCAAGACAUCAACACAACUUUCCCCAGUCACAAGAAUGGUUCACUUACCAUGCUUGUCGGCCCAGUCGGCUCCGGUAAAUCGAGUCUGCUGAAGGCUAUUCUGGGCGAAACAACGUCUUCUAUGGGUAAUGUGUCUCUGAAUACAUCAGAAGUCGCGUUUUGCGACCAGACUCCCUGGGUCAUGAAUGCGACCAUCCGUGGCAAUAUCAUCGCGGAGUCCAAGGGAUACGACAGCGCCUGGUUCGAGACAGUCAUCAAUUCUUGUGACCUGACCAUUGACUUGGGAAGGCUUCCCAGAGGAGACCUUACCCAGGUCGGCGAGCAAGGAGUCAAGUUGAGCGGUGGACAGAAGCAACGAAUUGCUAUAGCUCGUGCCCUAUACUCUAGGAAACCUGUGGCCAUCUUUGAUGAUGUAUUUAGUGGACUUGAUAAGGUGACUGAGCAGAUCAUCUUUACCCGUGUCUUCGGAAAGGGUGGCCUCCUUCGAAAGAACGGUACUACUGUUAUUUUGGCUACGCAUGCAGUGAACAGGCUCCCCGAGUCUGACUUUGUUGUCGUCCUCGAAAAGGGCGGGAGACUUGUUGAGCAAGGAACUUACCAUGAGCUGCGAUCCGGAAAUGGUUAUAUCCAUGAACUUGACAUUUCGAGCCACGACGACCACGAUGAGCAACCUUCUGCCGAGACCCAACUUGCAGAGGAGAGUGACAAGGCCCAUAACAAGGACGCGGGUGAAGAUGAACCGAGCGAAGUGCCGAGUGAUCGAACCGUAUUUAUGUACUACUUCAACGCCAAUGGAAUACACAACAUGCUCACCCAGAUAUUUCUUAUCGCCAGUGCAGGGGUAAUCACAUCAUUUCGAUAUGUUUGGGUUACUUGGUGGGGUGAUGGAAAGGGUCGUGACAGCAGAGAUAUAGGCUAUUGGCUCAGCAUAUACACUGUCCUAUCUGCUUUCGAGGGCAUCCUUAUUACGCUUGCCAUUGCGAUGUUCCUUUUGGUUUGCGCACCCGUCAGUGGAAAACUGCUUCAUUCACGGCUCUUGAACGCUGCCAUGGGUGCCCCCCUAUCCUUCCUUCACAACAGCGCGGCAGGAUCUCUGAUCAAUAGAUUCAGUCAAGAUUUACGCCACGUUGACAUUAUUCUCCCUAUGGCCUUUUCCAUCUUCCUCUUUGAGGUUGCUGCAUGCUUCGGUGCUGCUGGUCUUGCUAUGGCAGCUGUCAGCUGGUUUGCCAUCUCGAUUCCAUUUGUGAUCGUUGUGCUUGCCCUCAUCCAGCGUUUCUAUGUCCGAACAUCCAAACAACUCCGUCUUUUAGAAAUCGAACACAAGGCGCCGCUGUUCUCACAUUUCCUCGAGACCAUCGACGGACUCGCCACAAUUCGAGCCUUUAACUGGAUUCAACCGUACACUGACAAGGCGUUGAGUCUAAUUGACGAUGCCCAGAAGCCAGCUUAUCUUCUCAACUGUAUUCAACGAUGGUUGACUCUGGUCCUCGAUAUGGUGGUAGCAUUCUUGACGAUAAUUCUUGUUGUUUUUGCUGUAACCCUCCGCGACAAGAUUGACCCCUCGCUAUUGGGUAUCGCACUGGUCAACAUGAUGCGGCUUGGCACCAACAUGAAGGGAAUCAUUUUGAAUUGGUCCCUCCUUGAGACAUCACUGGGCGCUAUUGCGCGCAUUCGCAUGUUCUGUUCUUCUGCGCCAAACGAACAAAAGUCAAACGAAGACAAUGAACCAGGGGAAUUGUGGCCUAGGCAAGGCAGCCUUGAAGUCAAGAAUCUGGAUGUCAAGUAUGAGCAAACUACUGAACCUGUACUACGCGGGCUUUCGUUCAGCGUCAAACCCGGACAAAAGCUUGGUCUAUGCGGUCGAAGUGGAAGUGGCAAGAGUUCUUUCGUCCAAGCCCUUCUCCGCAUGGCAGAGAUCGUCAAUGGCCAGAUCACUAUUGAUGGGCAAGAUAUCUCGACGGUUCCUAGAUAUUUGAUCCGCCAGCGUUUAAGCUGCUUGACUCAGGAUCCAUUUGUAUUUGACGAUACUAUCCGAGCCAACCUUGACCCGUGCAAUACGGCGUCAGAUGGUGAGAUCAGAAGCGCCCUCGAGCGGGUUGGUAUCUGGUCCGUCAUCGAAGCCAAGAUCGACGACAAUAAGGAUCCUCUAGAUGAGAAGAUGGACGAGAACUUUUUGUCUCAUGGUCAGCGCCAGCUGUUCUGUCUUGCAAGAGCGUUGUUGAAGAGAAGCUCCCUGCUCAUUCUUGACGAGCCGACAAGCAGCGUCGAUACACAAACAGACGCAAGGAUGCAAGAGGUCAUCCGUACCGAGUUCUCGGACUGUACGAUUAUCAUGAUCGCUCAUCGCAUUGAUACGCUGCUCGACUUUGACAAAGUUGCCGUGUUAGACAAGGGUUCGUUGGUUGAGUUUGGAGCUCCUCAGGAAUUGUUGAAAGACGAGGCUGGUGCAUUUGCCAGAUUGUACAGGGCGAAUAAGGGGAGGAAGACUGAAGAGCAGUGA